UGGAUUUGGGAGGAUGCCUAUGAUGUGAGUCAGCCUUUUUUCCUCUUCUGCCAGCUAUCAUUUGAUCCUCACAUGGCUGUCAUGGCUUUCCAUCAUCUUUAGAACUCUGACCAAACAACGUCACCUGCAAUUUUUCUUCAUUGCCAGUGACAUUUCACCUCCUCCGAUCUCUUGUUACCUUCUUGUUUCUAGUGCUAGUCCUCUCUGUGACUGUUUCAUCAGCCAAAUCACUAUCGAGGAAGAGUAGGGUAAGCAUCAGACUCCUGUGUUUGAUCUCCUUUUAUGAGCUUCAAGGCUCUGCUAUCCAAAUGUUCUUAGAAGCUUGGGCUCUGUGAGAGUGGAGGAGGAGGACCUCCACAUCCCACCUUUUGUACUCCAACAACCCUCAAUGUCCUCGCAUGAGUCUUUUCACCAUUGAAGCUUUGGAGUUCCUGUUAUGGACCUCAAAGCCAAAGCCGCCAUGCUUGCUUAGGCUUUCCUUGGAUGAGCGAGAAGAGACGCAGAUGAGCAUCCCUCAUCUGUUCAGGUGUCCGAUAAGCCUUGAUCUGUUCACCGAUCCAGUCACUCUGAGCACUGGCCUAACCUACGACCGGCCGUGCAUCGAGCGGUGGCUCGCCGACGGCAACCUCACUUGCCCGGUCACGAUGCAGAGGCUCAGCGAUGCGUCCUUGGUCCCCAACCACACCCUGCGCCACCUUAUCGACCAGUGGCUCAUCGCCGGCGCCGCCGAUUUCCACUGCCGGACUAAGCCCACCAGGUCGGUCAACGACAACGAGCUGUCACUGGCUGCGGUCAAGCAGAUGCUCCAGUCUCCGGACAUAGCUUCUGCCGCAAAGCUCCAAGCUCUCGACAAGGUCAGAGCGGUCGCGGUCGAGUCCGACAUAGGACAGGCCUGCUUGAUCCAGCUGGGCUUCUUCCCCCUGCUGCUGCAGCUGCUCUUGCGAGCUCCAUGGCCAGCUGAUUCGGAGCUCAUCGAGGUCGCUCUAGACUGCGUUCUCAGCUUCUCGCCUGCCUCCCCAUUGGAUUCUCUCAACAUGCUCACGGACAGCUCGAAUCUGGACUCUUUGAUGCUGCUGUUAGAUCAAGGCAGCGCCAGGAUCAAGAUCAGUCUCUGCCAUCUCCUCGAAGUAAUCGCUACAUCGGGGGCGACGCAGGAGCUGUCCCUAAUCGUCGGACAGUCACCCAGGGUCCUGCAAGCACUCGUCUUCCUAGCGCAGAACAAGCCCGAUGGCGCGGCAUCGGAGGCAGCAGUGCGAGCAAUAGCUGGUCUCUGCUCCUCCGAAGCCAACCGAGGCAAUGCGAUCAGAGAAGGCGCAGUGGACGGCAUCGUCUCCUACCUAUCGAGCUCUGCUGGGAAGACCGACGCACGGGCAUUGGCGGCGCUGGAGCUGCUUCUGGGACAUGAGGAGGGCAAGAGGGCGGCGGUGAGGAACCCGAACGCUAUCCCAGUGUUGGUGAAGAUGGUCUUCAAGGUGCCGUCCGACCACAAUGGCGGAGAGCACGCCGUGGGGUCGUUGCUGAGGGUGUGCUGCGACUCGACGCCAGCGACGACACAGGCGGUGGAUGCCGGGAUGGUGAUGCAGCUGCUUCUGCUGCUGCAGAGCCAGUGCAGCUCCAAGGCGAAGGCGAAGGCCCGGGCGCUGCUGAAGCUGGUGAAGUCCAUGUGGGCAGCACAUGCAGGAGGUGGUCAGUAAGUGAUCUGAAGCUAUAUUUUGCUCAGCAUAAACCAUUUUAGAUUCUUGGAAACCACUCGAUCCUACCUUAAAAGAUUUGUCAUUGGAUGCAAAUACGUACUUUUUGUCUUC